AUGGCCUACAAGAAGUCAGUCGAUAUCUCUGACAUCUCCAGGUCAAUGCUCAAGUACCCCUGGCUGGAAUACCCAGACAGGAUCAAAGAACUCAAAAAAGCCUUGGCACCUGUUCACCUGCCCUUGUCCUGCUUCCAGAUGCCAAAGGAGGAGUUUCCCCCGAGCCCAGAGUGCUGGAGGCAGCACCCCAGCCAGCCGGAGACGGCACCUCACCGCUCCGCCGAGACGCCCGAGCUCUACACGUACUGGCAAACCCUGUACAAUCAGCGCCGGGAACGGGAGGCCCAGAUGCUGCAGAAGACGAGAGCCCGCCCCAGUUUCUUCCGCAGGUACCUCAAAGAGGGCACUGCCACCCCAAAAGCCUACCUCCCCAUGAUCCAGCUGACUGUAAAACCUCAGAAGGGACACAAGCCUUCAUCCCCUACUGGGGACUCUCUGAGGUGGCAAAGAUUAAAGGAGCUCACGGAAAGCCUGAAAGCUCCCAGAGAGGACGAGCAGUUCUACGCGGCACAGGCUCUGGGGUGCCUGGGCGUCGGUGACGAGUUUGUCAUAGAAGCACUACUCCAGGUGGCCCAAACCGGUCCAGAGAAAGUGGUGCGUGAGGCCUAUAGAAGCCUGGCCAUGCUGGGUUGCCUGGAGAAGGACGUGAUCCAGGCUCUCAUCACGCAGUUGAAGGGGCAGAACGAGGAGCAAAGGAUGGACACUCUGAGGGGACUACGAAUAGGGCUCAACUCCUGGGCCGCUGUCCCCAAAGACAAGAGGACUCCAGUCGGGGACGAAGGGACGCUCGUGUCUGUGCUGCAGAUGCUGGUACAGACGUCACCGAACGAAGCAGCCCUGGAGGCAGCCCUGUGCUUGGGCUUCCUGAGGCCCUGCAGCGACACAGCCCGGGAGUUCUUGCUGCAGUGCAUACGCCGAGGGCCCCGGCCCCAGAGCAUGAAGGCACUUAGGAUGCUGGUCAAGAGGAUGCACGUACACUCAGCCGAGGCCAUCAGGGCCAUCCUGGACCAGCUGUGCCAUUCUUGUGUCCUCGAGCACCGCCUUGAAGCCACUCAGCUGCUUAAGGCCAUUGGGCUGGAGCAGAUCCAGGCGCAAGGACUGGAGGGACUUGUCUUUGACCUGCUCAGAAGCAAGAUACACAAUGAACCCUUCCUUGUCAUGAGGCAGGCUGUAGCUCAAACUGUGGAAGAGCUCAAGAUGAAGCCUACGAUGUUGAACUUGGUGGAGACGCAACUGAUGAGCUCAAAUGCCAUCGCCCGCCAGGAGGCAGUCAUCUCUUUGGGCGUCCUGGGGGUCCGCAGCCCACAGGUACUCAAUUUGCUCCUGGACAUGCUGGACGAGGAGGACAGCCAGUCUGUGAAGAAGAGUAUACAAGAAACAUUUGUUGUUUUGGCCUCAACUGAUCCCUGGAUCCAAAACAAGGUGAAAGACAAGGUUCUCUGUGUACAUGAGGCACCUAAGAAUGACAAGAAGGCAGAGCCUACAAGGUUCAGGCCAAAACCUGACAGCCCAGAGGAGUUAAACAUCCAAGACUUCCGACUGGUACAGCUGAACCCCCUGCUCAUUGCAAAGGCCAGCGCCACCACCGACCUGCAGAAAAAGCCAAGCACCCAGAACGGGUCUGCCUGCUACCUCGCCUCUGCCUUCCCUCCCUGUUUGUCUGAACCACUGCAACACAAGCCCCAGGCUGCAGGGCCCUGGACGCCAGCGAUCAGGAAGCAGCUCCAAAUCCUUGCCAAAACCUCCACAGAGGUCAGUUCUUUGGGUCUAACCCACGCUUCCUGAGGGUGCGUCUCAGGCUCCCCUGAGGAAACAAUCUCUGCUUAUGUCUCCCGAAUAAAUGCUGUCCC